AUGAGCGGAAUUGGGAUCACAUUACGCUGUUCCAUAAGUCCUUUGCCGCUCGCCCUCGGCUGUAUCUCAACGGCUUCUGCCAAAGCCGGCCUGGCCGUGCCUCCCCCACUACAUUUGAUCCGCUCCAUCCUUCUGCAACGUGAUGAACGGCUGGUGUGUCUUCGCCGAAUUCGUCAGCAGCCUGCACCUCCGAGUCGCCAUCCCUCUUCACCGAACGUGGGCGCCGUCACACCAGAUGCGUUGAGUCCUGCUGUCUCCCGGAAAUCAUCAUUCGCUUUAGGUCCAGGCUCUGGCCCAGCCCCACCAUCUUUGCCAUUCGGCGAGGAUCUCAGUCGCUUCCCAUCGGAGUCACUGCACUCUUUCUCCUUCGCUCACCAGAGCAGCGAUACACUGCAAAAUCGUCAGAAUGUGCUGAAGAGAAGCAUUGAGUUCAUGCGAGAUAAGCUGAACUGGGCAGCGUCUUCACCUCGUAUAGCAAGCGCUCAAGCAAGACUGGCUGGUGACGAAGAGAUAUUGAGCAUGAUGGAGUUACUUCAGAAGGCGAGCAUCAUAAGUACCCAGGGCAUGAAUGAUUCCGGCCUAGGUAUCGACCCUGGCCCCUUGACGGGCCCGGCUCAAUUUACGAACGAGAACAUCUUCGAGAAGAGCUUUUUGUCGAAACAGAGUGAGAGCCCAGUCGAGAUGCAGAGCCCGGAUACGAUCGUCGGGAGCCCUCGUGCGUUGACGGAGACUGCGGUGGCAGAAGGAAGUGUAACCCCAGUAGGCGCAGCCGGCCUUCCCUCGAAAUCGACUUUGUCUGACGACAGCACCGUCGGACCGCUCGAUCGACCUCAUUUGACCUCCAUUGACGACGACUUCAUGCCCGGGCUGCCCGCCAGCCGCCCUCACCGCGCCUCUCUGAAACGUACUUAUACCGACAUCGCAGGAUACUCAUUACAACAUAGAUUGAACGAAGCCCUCACUCAACCACAUCAGUCUGCCAGACAAUCUACGCCCAGCUCGACAAAGCUCUCAUCGCAACCACCGACCCGCUCAAACACUGUCGCCGAACGCGCACCUCACGGACAUCGAAAUGCCCCGGCGCAAGCCAUAUUCACCACGGAGACAAAGGCGCCUUGGACGAUCACCGCCGCCAACGACCUAGCAUGUCUCGUCUUCGGCGUCACAAGAGCAGAAGUCCGCAAACUAGGGAUCAUGGAGGUCAUCAAAGAAGAGAGGCGAAAGUGGCUCGAAGACAAACUCAGAAAUCCGGACAGCGGAACAGCACCCAAGAUAAGUCGACCUCAACCGCCCGCCAAUGGAAAGACAACUUUGGCACCGAGCUUGGCAGGCAUGGGCAAUGGCCUGACAGCUAGAUUACUAUCUAAGCCUCCGGCGCGAGAAACAUAUCAAAGCAGAAGAAGCAAGAGUGAAGACGGAGAACGGCCGUCACAGAAGGAGUUGCAUCAUCCAAACAAUAAAAGUAGAGGCGUUUUGCUUUGUGGCGAUGUGGUUCCCAUUCGGAAGAUGAAUGGCGCCACCGGAAGUGCUUCACUGUGGGUUAAGGAGAAGGGCAACAAUCUUAUCUGGGUGCUAGAGGAAAUUGCAGAGGACGUUGCAAUGCUUACGGUAGAUGAGAUUGGAUCGGUACUUCGAGGGAGUGGAAAUCUAGAGGAGAUCUUCGGCCUGGAUCGUGUGCGUAACGGCAUGGAUGUGCAGCGCCUGAUUCCAUCCUGGCCCAAGCUGUCUGGAACAAACACUGGUGCGGUCGAUUACGAUGCUCUCGCAAAGUUGCGGCGCUUUACAGCAAGGACGAGCAACGACAUCAACAUCCCCGUGACGAUUGAUCAGAUGGAGAACGGUAGCAUUUUCCGCAUUUCAAGCUUCCCGCACAUUGCUGGCAUCAUCGUGGUCAACCCAGCCACCAUGCGUAUUAGCAGCUCGAAUAGCGUGUUUUCGGCAGCGCUCUUCGGACACGCUAAACCGGACGGUCUGCCGAUCAACGACCUGAUCCCCGGCUUCGAUACAAUUCUACGUGUCAUGACUGACGAAGACAAGAUUGGCUUAGUGGAUGGUAUCGUUAUUCCCGAGCACAGCUUCCGCCGAGCCCGCGCACUUCUAGCAUUACGAGAGGGAUCUGCUGAUGCGGCCGCCAUCUUCUUACGCCCUAGCGGUGUCCCAGCUCAGCACAGAGAUGGCGCAGAGAUCAUGAUCGAUGUGCAAAUGCGAGUGGUGAAGUCCGAUCGGGAGCCUAUCUACAACGAGACUGUGAUUGAAGAAGAUGUGGCUGUCAAUAGCAGCGAGGUCGUCUACGCUUUGUGGAUCACGUACAGCCGUCAACUUCACGCCGUUAACCACGGCGUCGGGCCAGUGACGCCAUUCGUCAGCCGCCCAAGUACGCCGCCUCAGCAGCCUGCUCCGGAAUAUGUGCAGAGUCCGAUGGUUGUAUCCAGCCCGGAGGCCAGCGAGGAGAACGAUGUUCGCAUCAAGAUCCUCGACGAGCAGCUCGCUCAAGCCAAGUCGCCUUCUUCGCCACGACAGUCGUCCAUUCCUACGAAUCCGAGUGAUGGCGAACCUUUCGAGCACCCAUCGCCAGACCUCAUUGCAGCAAAUGUGAAAGUGAUCAGGAAGAAACGCAUCGACGACUUUGUGAUUCUUGAGGAAAUGGGACAAGGUGCCUAUGGUCAGGUGAAGUUGGCGCGCUACAAGAAACCCGGUGCUGGCAAAAUGGUCAUCAAGUAUGUCACCAAGCGCCGCAUUCUCGUCGACACCUGGCACCGCGAUCGUAGACUCGGCACUGUCCCGCUCGAGAUCCACGUUUUGGACUAUCUCCGACGCGAUGGUCUCCAACAUCCAAACAUCGUCGAGAUGGCUGAUUUCUUCGAGGACGACAUCAACUACUACAUUGAAAUGGUACCGCAUGGCCUGCCUGGAAUGGACUUAUUCGAUUACAUUGAACUCCGCGUUACUAUGGAUGAGCCGGAAUGCCGAAAGAUCUUCCGGCAAGUCGCGCAGGCCAUCGGGCAUCUGCACUUGGAUGCCAAGGUCGUACACCGGGACAUCAAAGACGAGAACGUCAUCCUCGAUGGUGAGGGUAACAUCAAAUUGAUCGACUUCGGCAGUGCGGCGUACAUCAAGAGUGGACCCUUUGAUGUCUUCGUCGGGACCAUUGAUUACGCCGCGCCUGAAGUUCUUCGCGGUCUUCCUUACCGCGGCAAGGAGCAGGAUGUCUGGGCUCUCGGCAUCCUCCUCUACACCAUUGUCUACAAAGAGAACCCUUUCUACUCCAUCGAUGAGAUCAUGGAUCACGAUCUACGCGUCCCGUACAUCUUAUCGGAAGACUGCAUUGAUCUCAUCCGGAAAAUGCUCGACCGCGACGUCGAGCGCCGCAUCGCUAUCCAGGCCGUCCUCGAACACCCUUGGACCACUUUCGUCGACGAGGAAGACGAAGAUGCAUCGACCAAGGGCCAGCGUGAUGGCACAGACCAAGGGGCGUCCACCGAGGCCAAGAAAAGCAAUGCGGGUCAGAGCAGGACCGAUGUGGUCAUGAGAGAGGGCAAGGGUCAAAUCGGCGCGGAGGAGGAGGCGAGGGCCAUGUCCGCAGCGGGCGUCACAGGCAUGACCUAA